AUCUCAUUGGCAUGCUACAACACAGCCGCACGUUAGCGGGAAACCGGCGGCAGUAUCCGGUCUCCAAGAUUUCUUGUUUCCAGCCAGAAUCGCUACGUUACAAAACCACCACCGUCUUUCAAAGUUACCUGACGAAAUUCUUUCUAGAAUCCCUGACAGUUUUGAACCGGUGGUCAUUGCUGUCAGCGUCAGGUGGGCUAGCUAAGAAAAGAAAGUUGAGCUACCGGCUAAGCAAAAUAAUAAUAAUAAUAAUAAAAAUACACCCGCUUCGAACCGGAGUCGGGGAAAAAAGAUUUAUAUUGCCAAGCACGAAUUAGCCCUGGCAACAUGAGCCAGUUCAACUUGGAACGCUUCCGUUUUAAAAAGUCGUUCACGUGCAGGGUGCAAAACGCAAGUUCGGAGUCUGAGAAAGAGAACAAGCCGGCAGCCCGGCAAAUGGAAUCCGCCAAAUCUCGUUCGGCAAAGUCCCAGGCCCGGGGAGUGUUUUUUGAAGACUCUGAGGACGACAACGAGCCACUGAAGAAAAUCUCCUUUUCGAAGAAACCCAGGGAACCUGUGGUCCAAUCGUCUACAAAUGUCACAGGGGAUGAAAAAAAAAAGGAAAUAAAUCAAAAAGAGUCCAAACUCGCAGAAAUGUUCCCUCAGCUUUCAAUGAAAAAGAUCUCAGAGGUUGUUGAGACUACAAGCACACUGGACGGAGCUGUUGCCGCGUGUUUGCUGAUUUCUGAGGAUGACGACAAAGAUCGUGUCAGGAAGACAGAGCAUGAUGAAUCUGACAGCUCACUGGAGAUUGUCGAGGAUAGUAUGAACCAAUUAGAGGUUGUAGGGAAUUUGAGACAACUGGAUGACACUGUUGAUGAAUAUCUGCUGAUUUCUGAAGAAGAAGACACUGAUUAUGCCAGAAAGAGAAAGCCGGAUGACUCUGACAGCUCACUGUGCAGCGGCGUGGCGCUGCCCUACAAAAGGAAGAAACAGUCGCAUUCGUCUGAAGCUGAAGAUGAGUUCAUUUAUAAUAAUCAGGAUGAUGGAGGAAACGAACCCAGUUGGGAGAAGCAGGAGGCCAUGGUCAGAAAGCUACAGAAAAAGUUUCCCAAUCAAGACAAGGAGGAGCUGCGAUCGGUGCUUCAGGAGCACAACUGGGAUGACGUCGAGGCUCUGCAUACUCUACAAAUAUUCACUGGCACAGAUGAGACCGAUUCCAGCUCGCCUAACUACAAACCUAAGGCAGGCCACCAUUCCAAGAGCAAGGACAAGUCUUUAAAUAACCAACGCAAGGUUCACCGGCGUGGCUCUCGUGACAGCAAAACGGAUGCCAAGGUUAACAAACAUAAAGAUGUGAGUGAUACUGACAAAAGUUCAGACGCCACAGUGGAGAGUGAUGAUGAUUCAGUUGAAGAAGUGAGCAACCAUCCCACCUCCACCCUCUCAUCAUGGAUUACAAAAGAGUCGUUCUACUCUGUCAAGAGAACUACUUCAUCUUACCAAAAACCAUCCUGCUCCUCCUCCUCCUCCUUGUCGUCCGCCGCAAAGAUGCUGUCCAGUUUUGCAAGCGGGACCGGUGUGGCCAAGAAGCGAGCGGAAGAGAGAACGCGCACAGCCCGCGCCGCUAAAGAGCGCCUGAGCUCCGACGACGAACAGGAUGGGGACUUGAGCAGUGAGUUGGAAGACUACGAUGAAGCCUUGACAAAAACGGAAGGAGUGAAGGAAGAGAUCCUUAAGUUCUUUCAGGAGGCCACCAUUGAUGAGCUGGCACUCAUUUCUGGGUGUUCUGUCAAAAAAGCUAAUAAGAUCAUAGAGCUGCGACCUUUUAAAAACUGGCUGAGCCUGACCAGUGUAUUCCAGAAGAACAACGGCCUGUCGGAAGACCUGCUGCUGGGCUGCAAAAGUGUUCUCAAGGAGCGCACCAUUGUACGGGGACUCAUGAGCAAAUGUGAGACCAUUUCCUCCAAGAUGGCCACGCAAGUCAGGGAAGUCAUGAGGAGUGGCACGGGAGCAAUGCAACAGCCCAGGCUGCUUAAUAGCCAGCUCCAGUUGAAGCCCUAUCAGCUAAUCGGUCUGAAAUGGCUGGUGCUCCUCCACGAGCACAAACUGAGCGGUAUCCUUGCUGAUGAGAUGGGUUUGGGCAAAACCAUCCAGGCGAUUGCCUUCUUGGCCCAUUUGUUCCAGAAGGGAAUAAAAGGUCCUCACCUCAUCACCGUGCCCUCCUCUACACUCGAUAACUGGGUUAGAGAGCUGAAAAUGUGGUGUCCCACUCUGAAAGUGCUAGUUUUUUGUGGAUCUAUGGAGGACCGCCACUACCUCAAGCAUGACAUCCUCGAUGGCGCCGUUGAAUUCAAUGUCCUCGUCACAACGUACACCCUUGCUACUGGAAAACACAGCGACCGGCGUCUGUUGCGCAAGCUCCCUCUUGUGUACGCCAUUUUCGAUGAGGGUCACAUGCUGAAGAACAUGAACUCUCUCCGCUACCGCCACCUCAUGUCGGUCAAUGCGCAGCAUCGUUUACUGCUCACUGGCACGCCUUUACAAAACAACCUCUUAGAACUGAUGUCACUGCUCAACUUCAUCAUGCCAUCCAUGUUCUCGAGCUCCACCACGCAGCUCUCCAAGAUGUUUUCUAAGAAGUCCCACGAGGAGCAGAGUCAGUUUCAGAAAGAUCGCAUCUCUCAGGCCAAACGCAUUAUGAAACCUUUCAUCCUUCGAAGAGUUAAGAAUGAGGUCCUCAAGCAGCUGCCUGACAAGGAAGAGAAGGUGGAGUACUGCUCCAUGAGUGAGAAGCAGCAGGUUCUCUACCAGACGCUCCUGAAAACAAUCAAGGAUUCCACCAACAGCGACAGAGCCGAGUUGUGUAAUGUGAUGAUGCAGUUAAGAAAGAUGGCCAACCACCCUCUGCUUCAUCGACAGUACUACACUACAGAGAAGCUCAAAGCCAUGAGCGAACUCAUGCUAAAGGAGCCAGCUCACCACGACGCAAGUGCUGCAUUCAUCCAGGAGGACAUGUCGGUCCUGUCUGACUUUGAGCUGCAUUGUCUGUGUCAACAAUACUCUUCCAUCCGUUCCUACCAGCUAGAGAAGAGUCUACUCCUCGACUCUGGGAAGUUCCGUUGGCUCACCGAGAGGCUGGCGUCACUCAAAGACAAGGGAGACAGAGUUGUUCUCUUCAGUCAGUUCACUAUGAUGCUGGACAUCGUGGAGGUUCUGAUGAAACACCUCAAGCAUCGUUACAUUCGACUGGACGGCAACACGCCAAUGGCAGACAGAAUUGGGCUGAUUGACGAGUUCAACAACGACAGCGAUGUGUUCGUGUUCCUGCUGUCCACCCGCGCCGGUGGGCUGGGCAUCAACCUGACUUCGGCUAACGUUGUCAUCUUGCACGACAUCGACUGGAACCCCUACAACGACAAGCAGGCCGAGGACCGUUGUCACCGCUUGGGUCAGACCAGGACUGUGCAAGUAAUCAAGCUAAUAAGUAAAGACAGCAUUGAGGAUGGGAUACUGCAGCUGGGCCAGAAGAAACUCAAACUUGAGCAGGACAUGACAACCGCUGAGCAGAGUGACGAAGGGGCCAUACCUGAAGAUAUGGCGUCUUUGCUCAAAGCGUCGUUGGGGCUGUGACACAUAAAUCUUGAAACUUGGCCGACAAAAACUAUUUCAUUUAGUUCAGUGAUCACAGUCAAGCUUGAGUUUUGGCUCCACACACACUGGAACACAUUUGAAAACCAUCUGCUGACCACAUGUAUAUAUUUUAUUUAAAAAAAAAAAAAUGGAAGCUGAUUUUGAUUUCCUCUGUGGACUGGUGCCUCUUGUGCCUAAAUGACGUUUCACAAAUACUUGGCGUUUACCCCUCAAUCUUGAUAUUCUUUUGAUACACGGACCAAAAACCCUUUUGUAACAUUUUGUCUUGACCGUUGAUCACUUUGUAUAUUCAUUGAAGCGUUACUCUACUGCCAUCAUUCAAGCAAGACUUUGCCAGGACUCUCAAGGUCAGUGUAUUUUUUUCAGCACGGCAAUGAGUAUAAGUUUCAGCAAACAUAACGUUUUUUUUUUUUUUUGAAUACCCUAAGAUGUCCACUGGCGUGGGUCGCCAUUCCAUUCUUUUCUACACAGUCAUCGCCCAUUCUAUAAUAGUUUUCUAAACAAAAGAAUUGGUACUUUCUUCAAAGUCACCCAAAUAGUUCCUAAAAGGAAGAAAAAAUGUCUUGUUACCUUCCAUGGCAAAAUUGAAAAGAGCAAAAUUAUCCCAAUAGAUUAUGCACUCAAUUUUAUCGUUGCCUUUGUUAGGCAUAUUUCUGAAGCUUUGGAGGUGGUGAUGAGUCGUGGAAACAGCUGCUACAUCCUUGUUAUGUAUGUGUUCUUAAUAUGUUAUAAAGGUUCAUGGUACCUUUUACAGCAUUUGAAAAUGUCAUAUGCAUAUUUGUGUUCUUUUUUUUGUGUCAUUUUGAAUUGAUUACCUUAAAUAAAGACAAACAUGUUUGCGUAAAUAA